UAUUAAUUUUUUUCAAAGAAUUAAUAAAAAAGUUUAAAUGGGCCAAAAUUAAAUUUAAGGAAAAAAAGCACAAUAAAAAAUCCAAGAAUUUGUUGAUAUCCAUAAGUUUGUACAUUCAAAAUAAUUUGAAGCUUAAAGUCUAAAAUUGUUAUUUAGUGACAAAAAGAUAAGCUAAAGUGAAUUAUAAAAAAUGGCAAAAGUAUUUUAAAAAUAUGAAAACCUCUAAACUCUAAAACUUGACUUAAAAUCAAGCCUAAAAAGCGAGCACAAUCCAUCUGACUUAAUUCAAAUUUUAUAGAGCUGUUAAAAUAUUGAUGUUUUGGAACUUGAUUUAGGUUUUAACAGAGAAGCUCCAGCAUAAAUUUAUUAGUUAGUAAAAACAUUAAGGAUAAUGUUAAAGCUUAAAACCUUGAUACUAUUCUUAAGGUUAAGUUAGAUAAGCUAAGGUCUUCUUUUGGAAUUAUCUAAUUCUCUUGCAAACUUAAAAAAUUUAUAGUUUUUUUAAGUUUCUUUAUCAGGAAACACGAUUGAAUCUGAACAAAUGAGUUAGUUAUGCGAAGGGUUAAAAUAAUGUUCAACUCUAACAAAAUUAAAUUUACAUUUUUCAGACUGUGCAAUGGAAGAUAAAGUUUUUUUCAUUUUGAGUAUGUCGAUACUAGAAUUAAAGAAUUUAACUCAAUUAUUCCUUUAGCUAUCAUGUAAUAGAAUUGAUAAGAGUAUUGUUGAUUUAGGAAACAAUCUAAAAUUUUGCUAACAGUUAAGAUCCCUGAAUAUAAUUAUACCUUUCAACAUAGUAAGUAACGAAAGUAUAUUUGGAUUACUAGUCGCUUUAAGAAACUGUGAAAAUUUGACAUAAAUAUCAUUUGCUUCUCUUAUUCAAAGAAUUGCAGUCCCAAAAAUCUAACCUCAAGAAAAAAUGGAAAUGUCAAAUAACCUUAAAAAAUCUAGGAAAUUAGUUUUAUUAAAUUUAAUUAUUUGA